AUGAACUGUGACUUUAAGGUCAGUAAAAUAAAUGUCACUGUAGAACACAGGAAGGCGUGUCGUAUGGAUGUUGCAUGGAUGUUCCAGCAGUGGGAUGGUGACAGUGAUGGUGAGCUGACCUUGAAAGAACUGGCGCCGUUGGAGAGCGAUUCAAACGAAAAAUGCUUGAGAGCAUUUUUGGAUCGUUGUGAUACGGAGCCUGGAAAUGACAACGUAAUAACACUGGACGAAUGGUGCGAUUGCUUUGAAUGGGCAGAUGAUGUGCGUCACGAGCCGCCAUGCCAUGCCGCGAAACACCUUCAGGAUCCGCACUUGCUGGGUGCUUUCCAUCCACGCUGUACACUGGAAGGAUACUAUAAGGCAGAGCAAUGUCACGAGAAUGAGUGCUGGUGCGUAGAUAAAUUUGGUCGGGAAUUCGACAAUUCACGGGUAAUAGGGCAGCUUCCAGACUGCGGACAAUACGGUAUGCUUUGGUUUGUACGGUCUGGUUUAAUAUCCGAAUGGGGAAAUUGA